AUACCCCUUCAAAGCCCAGACACUGAGUUACACAGCAAGUGCAGAGCAGCUCACACUCCGAUAAAAUACGCUGAGUAGACACCAUUUCUUCAAGAACCCUCUUCAUCAAGGCGCGAGCCUGCCGAAACCCUCGACAUGUGACCGCUCCUGACUGUCGUCAUGUAGUUUCAUUUUUAUCUUUCUUUUUUAAUUUGAUUUUCUUCGUCAUAAAGACUCAAAACAGAACUUGCAAUCAAGCGCUGCGCAGUCGUCCUGUGGAUUUGCCAGGAAUAAUUCAUCCUCAUUUUCCAAUUCCUUCUCGUUUGACGAGCGUUAAAGGAACGAGCGAAUAAACAAACGAAUGAAAACAUCACACUGACCUACAGCAAUAACCAGACGAGAAGAAAUUUGGUUUAAACAACAGUCUUAUACGCCAUUGAAGAAGCAUUGAAACGGAUUUUACCUCUUUUGGAAUCGAGUCUGUUCAUCUCCACCGGUCUUAGAGGCAGCCCCUUAACUAUGGGAUUUCAAAACUACUGAGGGCACUUUCACAAAAGGAGGGAAAAGAGGCGUAAUCAAGAACAAAAGGAGAGGAUUGAGCUUUUGAAAAGAGGAUCAGUUCUUUCGGACUCUGUGGGGUGCAUGCUGCCCCCUCAACUGAACGUCCUCUUUUGUGCGAGAGAAAAUAAAAGCAGGCAUGCGCAAUAAACUGAAAGAGUUCCGGGAUGGGGGACGCCCCAUGUUGGGGCAGAGGGACAGGACUCUUCUGGUGCUGCUGAUUGCAAUGGUGCUGACAGUAACGGAAGUGCGGGCUUCCUGGGAUCAGAACCCCAUGGAAGUUCUAGGCGACGUAAGGCAACUGGAGGCGUCUAUGCACUCAGCGGUGCUGUCGGACCUACGUGAGGCAGAAGCAGCGGUUGUGUCUGUGUCUCAGCCCAGUGGCUUCCCAGACUCCUCGGCGGUGGUGGGCAGGGUGUUCCAAAUGCGGGUGCCCAUCAAAGCGAAGGACUCCAGGGGCAUAGUAAAGAUCACAGAAGCAAGCAAGGAUGUGCUCCCAGCAUGGUUGCAUUGGGAUGCAGAGAUUGGCACACUUCAAGGCCUUCCUCUUGAGACAGACAAGGGCGUUCACUACAUAUCUGUUUCUGUUUCCAAUGAGAGCCAAGUCUCCCAAAGCCCAGAUGUGUUCUCCAUUGAGGUGCACCCAGAGGAGCAUGCUGAUACAGACCCUUUUCAGCUUGCAAUCCAGCAAUCAGCCAGCAAUGUUGUCCAACCUUUCAUCUGUGGCAAUGAGGAGCCCGUUACUGUGCUUACGGUCAUUCUGGAUGCUGACCUUACAAAGAUGAGUUCAAAGCAGAGGGUGGAACUACUUGCAAACAUGAAAAAGUUCUCUGGCAUGGGGCUUCAGCACAUGAAGAUUUUGCCUGUGGUCAACAACCGUUUGUUUGACAUGUCUGCUUUCAUGGCAGGACCGGGAAAUGCCAAGAAGGUGGUUGAAAAUGGAGCCCUUUUGUCCUGGAAACUUGGCUGCAGUCUGGAUCAAAGCAGCAUUCCUGAUAUUAGUAGUGUUCAGGUUCCGGCAAAAGAGGGGACCAUGUCUGCACAGUUGGGGUAUCCAGUCGUUGGAUGGCAUAUCGCUAACAAAAAGCCCCAUAUACCCAAAAGGGUGCGAAGGCAGCUCAACAACACCCCCACUCCCAUUCCCUCAUUACUCCCCCCAACAGCUUACCCUGAGCCCCCCAUCCGUAUUGUUCCUACACCAACCUCUCCUUCUAUUGCUCCUACCUCAGACAGUUCUGCCCCACCUGUUCGUGGUCCUGUCCCACUUCCUGUGAAACCUACCAUUCGAAACAAAGAUCCUAUUGCCUACACUCCAACCUUGGGCCCCCCUCAGCCAACACGUGUAAUGGAGACCACCAGCACUAUCGGCAUCCAGCCCACCAUGACCAGGCCUGUAUAUGUUGGAACCUCUGUGACCCCAGCAACACCCACCACCAGGAAACCGACAAAAAGACCUACAAAGAAACCCAAGACAACACCAGUACCAAAAGAACCCAAGUCCACCACAGCCAAGCCACCAAGACGCACCACUCCCUCGGUUAUUGUAAUUGAUGGCAAUAUAAAACCUCAGCUGCGUAACCCAAUCGAUCAGGUGAAUGCCUACGUCGGCACCUACUUUGAGGUGAAGGUUCCAUCUGAUACAUUUUUCGACAAAGAGGAUGGAACUACAGAUAAGUUAAGGCUCACCUUGCGCAAGGGCAAUGAUGUGGUUGGGGAUGAUUCCUGGAUACAGUUCAAUAGCACAAGCCAGUUGCUGUAUGGAUUACCAGACCAGGAGCAUGAAGGGAAACAUGAGUAUUUCAUGCAAGCGACUGAUAAAGGAGGUCUCUAUGCAGUAGAUGCCUUUGAGGUCCGUGUCAAUCGAUGGGGAACCAGUGUUAAGCCACCAGUGUUGUUUACUGCCGUAUUUGACGGGGAUGCACGUACAGUUACCAAUGACAUUCACAAAAAGAUCCUUCUUGUCAAGAAACUGGCCCAAUCUUUCGGUGAUCGUAACAGCAGCACUGUUACGCUAAAGAACAUCACCAAGGGCUCCAUCAUAGUGGAAUGGACCAACAACAGCCUUCAGCAAAACCCCUGCCCCAAGGAGCAAAUACAGUUUUUGAGCAGAAGAAUCUCUGAUCUUGAGGGUAGACCUUCUUUACAAUUUAAUAAUAUCAUGGCACCAGACUUCGUGGCAUCAAAUAUCACUGUCAGAGGCACAGGAAGCUGCCGUAACUUCAUGUUUGUACCGUUAGGUGAGAUCCCAGAUCCGACCCAAUCUCCUGUUACUCCUGCUGUGGGUGCGGGAAGACAGAGCACUGAUGAUGUUUAUCUUCACACCGUCAUACCAGCAGUGGUGGUUGCAGCUAUUUUGCUGAUUGCCGGAAUCAUUGCCAUGAUUUGCUAUCGCAAGAAGCGCAAAGGCAAGCUCACUAUCGAAGAUCAAGCAACUUUCAUCAAGAAAGGAGUGCCCAUUAUUUUUGCGGAUGAGCUCGAUGACUCUAAGCCACCCCCAUCUUCCAGCAUGCCCCUUAUCCUUCAAGAGGAAAAGCCUCCGCUUCCUCCACCAGAGUAUCCCAACAUGGCUAGUCCAGAGACAACACCUCUGAACCAGGACCUUUUGGGAGAGUACAUACCUCUACAUGAUGAGGAUCCUAAUGCCCCUCCUUACCAGCCACCACCACCCUUCUCUGUCCCAAUGGAGGGGAAAGGAUCCCGCCCUAAGAACAUGACCCCGUACAGAUCUCCUCCCCCUUACGUGCCACCCUAAUGUUUGCUGAAACCUCCGGAGCAGGAGGAUGGGGAACUUUUGUAGUUCCACACCAGUGUGUUGUCUCUUUGCAUUAUGGGAUUUUUAGAAGGGGGGCACUGCAAAUUGGGGUUUUGGGUUUGAAUGUGAUGGGAUGGUUUUUGUUAAACAGGACUCUUAAAGAGAUGUGGGAGGGUGGGGUGAGUGGAUAGUCUGCAAAGGACAGCAAGAACAACCUCAGCCUCUGACUACUCUGGUUAUUGCUAAACUGUUGGGGAUGUACCCUCCAGUCCUGGCGCUUUUGUGUCUAGAUGGGCUUUAUUAUUAUAAACUAAUUAUUGGUUUUGUUUUAUUUUUUUAUUUUAUUUUAUUUUAUUUUUUUUUCCUUUUUGACUCAGAAUCAAACUCCUUGCCUAACAGCACUCUUUCUAUCUUCUGAAUUCGUUAAUCUUGAAUAAUAUAAGCGGACAAUAAAGCUGACUGCAGGUGCAAAAGGUUUCAUAGAGAAAUUCAAUAACAGAAGGGGAAUAAAAGAAUGGCCUUGAGAGACUUGGACAGCCAUGCAGACAGUUUUGUGGGAUGUCGAUUCAUUAUGGUUUUGCCUUUUAACACAAAAUUAAACUGUUUAUAUUGUUAUUCACAUGUCUAGUUAAAUCACUACAAGAGGUAGCCAAAAUGAAAGAUUUGUUUAAUCCACUGUAUAUUUGAAAGUUAUGCUAGAACAUCUUUAAUUUUUAUUAUAUAUAUUUUUAUUACUUUUUUAAAGUAUCACACUGAGAACACUAUUUUCCACCCCUAAAUUCUGGAAAAAAAAAUUAAAUCACUGAGUGAACAUAUCGCAGAGUGUGUUCUGACUUGAGAUAUGUGCUAUAGUUUCUUGCCAGACAUGUGAAACUUUUGGAGGAGGUAAUCUCAUGAGUGAGUCGUCUAUGCAGAUUCUGCCUAUGACCUGGUAGGCUGAAGCCCAGUAUUGAUCUCACUUAAUCAUAUUUCCCAUAGGUCAUUAAGAAAUCUUGUGAUUUAAUUGGAUAUACAGAUUGGCGGGGUCUUCGCAUCCUUAAUUCUCUUAUAAAACAGCAGGAACAAUGUUCAGCACCCUCAAGUCAAAACCACCAAUAUACUGUUUCACCAGUUAAACUCAAGCUACUGACAGUCAUUGAGACAGAUUGCUCAAUUUCAAAGACUUGAUUUAAUCAGAACAAGCUCUGGUUUCAGAUGAUUUGUAGUUUCUUUGUUUCUUUUUCUUUUAUUUUUAUGUUAUGUUAUUUUUAAAAAUAUAUAUAUAUAUUUCAGUGAUGAUUAUGGAGUAUAUGCCUUGGAUCUACUCAAAAUAAUUCUAAAUAAAGACUGAAGAUUUUGAUAAUGGUGACCCAUCCUCUACACGACAGCAUUGUUUAUUAAAUGUCAUGUCAUAAUUAUAUAUAUUUGCAGUUGAAUGCCAUAUUUUGCCUUGGUGGUAUCGCAGCAAGUGUCUUCUGUACAUAAUAUUCUGCCUGUGGAUAUAACUGUAUUUAUAGUCCAAACGUGUGUAAAUCAGAUAUGGUUUAAAAAAAAAAAAAAAAAAAAAAAAGAAAUAGAGAAAAAAAUAUUACCGUUUUGUUUUAGAUGAGGGGUGAUUAUUUUUUAUAUAUAUAGUGAUGGUUAUUAAAAAGUCUUUGCGCAAGACCUGGAAUAGAAGGAGCGAAAAGAUCUGGUUUCAUUUACAAAAUCAUCAAAAAAAAACCUAGGGAAAAAAAAGAGAAAAUCAUGAUCUAAUUUUUUAUAAAGUUUUUGAUACAGCCUCAAAUUGUUUAUUAAGAAGAAUCAAUAUAUAGUGUACUGCAAUUUGUAAAUCUUUAGUCUUGGUAAUUGAUUCAUUAUAUAGCUUUUCCUCAAGGGUCUUUUUUAGGUGGUUCUCUUUAAGUUUGCUUUAAAUUUAUUUAACAAAAUAGAAAAGGUGGACUGUGUUGUCAGGAAAAAUGUUGCCCUUUGUAAUAGUUUUUUUUUUUUUUUUCCUCUGAUUUAUGUUUUACGCUCAUUUGUUUUGAGGUUUGAUUUCAAAAGUGACAUUUGCAAUAAUAAAGGUGUGGCAUAGUCGCGGCUGCAGUAUGAGUAGUCUGCAAGAUAUGUGUGAUACCUCCUCACAUCUGAAUUGUUUUGCCACGUAGGGGUUAUGUAUGGAUGUAUUUUUGGGGUGUAAUCGUAACACUUCUUUUUUUUUUUUUUUUUUUUUUUUAUGCUUCCAUUUAGCCUUUUAGAUUUUUUUUUUUCAGUAAACCAAAAUCCAUUGAGGUUUGAUUUCAUGUUUCUUUCGUACAUACCAGCAGUUUGAAGGUGGAAAUGUUGGUCUUGCAAAGAUACAGUAGGAUAGUAGGAUUGAGGUACAAAAACAUUGAAACAUUGAAACACGUCAUCUUGGUGCGGCAUUGACAAACUGCAAAAAUAAUUUUCCUAAUCAGUUUUUUUUUUUUCUUCUUCUUUUUUCUCAAAGAAGCAAAUUUGUGUAUUUUGUUAGAUUAGUAUUUGAAACUAAAAUUUAAACAAUUUGUCAGUAAGGUAAGAAAAAGGCUAAUAUCGUACACAAUUUUGCUUCUCGAGUAAAUAUAUCUUUCCUUUUUACAGGAAUACAAAAUCAGCGAGGAAACGGAUUCUUUUUUCAAUGUUAUAAUACAUUAUUUACAGUAUACAUUUAUGUAGCAAUGAGUCUGUUGCAGUAAAGCUACUGCUUUCUCAUUAGCACAACUCUGAAUAAAUAUUUUAGUUGGAAAAACCAAAGAUGCAGAUUACAAAAUGGAUGUUGUUUGCUAAUGUCUGCUGCUUUAGUUAAAAUUGUUGUCUUUUCAUUGAUUCAUUUUUUUAACAGUUUUGAGUUAACAGAAUGAUGAAUAAGUAAAAAAACACAAUAGUUUCCCCUUUUUAAGAAUGUUUGUUUUUCCUAUAAAGUACAAGCUCAGUGUUGUAAGUCAAUGAAGAAUAUGACAUAUAUUCAAUUUUCACAAACAUUGAGCUAAGGAUGAAUUUAAUCUCUCACAAUAUUCUUUUUCUUUGCACAGACAUGUCUAGAUUUUUUUUUAAAUGUGAAAUCAAGUCAGCCUUACAUGUUUUUACAGUAUUUCAGCCUGCAGAAAACAUUUCAUCUGCAGUUUGUUUGAUUUUAUAAUUACUGUAUUACUAUAACUUUAAUCCUUAAAAGUGGAAUACCAUGCUUUUAUGUUUGAUAUGGAUUAUACAAGAGGGGGAAAUGGUCAGUAUGUUUUGUGUAUAUGAGUUUUGUUUCUUUUCAUUUUUAACAUUUUGUCCAAGUUUUAUCAAUAUUUCAAAGUGUGCAAGCUGUAUUGCAAAGAGAAGCUGAGUUGACAAAAGAUUGACGUUGAACAUUUAAGCAAUUCGUUUCUAAAGGUGCUGAGGUUGACCUUGGGGGCCAGGUGUAACAAAUGACAGUGAUGUGUUAAAUGAGACACCUUUUGAGAUCUGACAAUACACAGAUUCUGUGAAGUGCAACCUAGUAAAGAAUUCUACACCAACGUAAAACCACUUUAUUCAUUCUCUUUCAUGUUAAACAGCGUUGGUUAAUUUAUACCACCAAACACUGUAUGUUUGAAUCUUGUAUUAAAAAGUGUUCUCACCGGUAA